AUGUCACCCAUGAUCACGGUCGCGAUCACUGCCGUUGGCCUGUAUUUGUUGAAAUGGCUUUUCCAGGCAUCCUUCAAACAGAAAGCGACAUUGGGAAAGCUUCCUCCAGGUCCUCCUCGGAAGCCCUUUGUGGGAAACUUGAACGACUUACCAUCCCAUGAAGUGAAGCCAUGGGAACACUGGCUCAAGCACAAGGACCUCUAUGGCCCCAUCAGCUCGUUGACAGUAAGCGGUCAAAACAUUGUGAUCGUCAAUGACAUGCAUCUCGCCAUUGAACUCCUCGAAAGACGCUCCCUGACCUACUCCUCCCGACCGCACAUGAACUUUGCCAGCUUAGCGGGUUGGGAUAAGAUGCUUGGCUGUGUCGAAUAUUCCCCGCGAUUCAAAGCGAUCCGGAGGGCCAUCCAUCGCCAAGUCGGGUCUAAUGUGUCCGUUGCGGGUUUUCGCUCAGUGCAGGAAGUCGAGGUUCGGCGCUUAUUGUAUCGACUGCUCGAAGAUCCGGCGAACUUGACGAAACAUAUACGCAAGGAAGCCGGUGGGAUCGUGCUGAAGAUCGCAUAUGGUUACAAUGUCGACCCACAUCAACCUGAUCCUCUCGUGGAUUUGGCGGACAAAGCCAUGGAUGAUUUUUCAUUUGCUUUCCUUUCUGGCACUUGGGCCGUCGACUUCCUUCCCUUCCUCAAACACGUCCCCGCCUGGUUCCCCGGCGCACAGUUCGCACGAGUGGCAAAAGCGUUCCGAGCGCGCGCGCACGCAUUCAGCACCGUCCCGUAUGACUUCACAAGGAGUAGAAUGGCGAAAGGCGAUUACACGCCCUCCUUCCUCUCCAACUUACUGGAAGAGGGUGUACCGAAGCCCGGGUCGGAAGAAGAGAUCGUUGUUAAAUGGGCCAGCAGCGUGCUUUAUGGCGGGGGUGCUGACACUACGGUGUCAACUAUGAGAGGCUGGUUUCUUGCCAUGGCCAUGUUCCCCGAGGUCCAGCGCCAAGCGCAAGCGGAGAUCGAUCGCGUUGUCGGGCCCGGCCGUCUGCCUACCUUUGAGGAUCGCGAGAACCUGCCCUACAUCAACGCGAUGAUCAAGGAAAUCAUCCGCUGGCACCCAAUUCUCCCAAUGGGCGCUGCCCACACGUCGAUCCGCGAUGAUGUUUGGGGGGAAUACGUGAUCCCCAAGGGAACUAUGGUCAUGCCGAACACCUGGGCUUUCACCCACGACCCGGUCACCUACCCCGAUCCUGAGGCAUUCAAGCCCGAACGAUUCCUGCACUCGGAAGGCCAUGUCCCCGAGCAGGACCCUUACUAUCUGACUUUCGGACACGGACGACGCGUAUGUCCGGGUCGCACGCUGGCGGACGCGAACCUUUUCCUCAGUAUUGCCCAAGUCGUAGCUUCCUUCAACAUCACCAAGCCCAUCCGCGAUGGUAAAGAAGUGGAUCUGUCCCUGGAACUUACCAACGGUAUCAUUGUUCAUCCGAAGCCGUUCGAGGUCGACAUUAAGCCCCGGAGUGCUGCUUAUGCGAAAAUAAUUCAAGAGGGGGACCUUCAGUGGGAGGAUAGUAACGCCGACGAACUCUCCGGGCUUCAGUAG